CUUUAUCUUCUUUCCUUCUACGAUGUAGCUGUAGGUGUCCACUGUAAAUUCAUGUCUGAAUGAGAGAGAACAUGCAUCGCUUUUCUAUAUUGUCCAUAUUUCACAACAUGGUAUCAAAGCAAUAAACAUCCAUAUUUUCAAAAGUUGUCCCAACGUAGAAGUCUGUGAUGACUAAAACCUUGGAACCUUCCUCUAAUCCAAAUAUCAGCGCCCAUGAAGACAACAACCCCAAUCUGAAUACUUCCUCUGGAACGAAUUAUGUGAUCUGGUCCAAAACAGCAAGUUCUACAGCAGUUCCAAGAUGGGUUUUGUAGCUGGAAAGAAGCCAGCUCCAACACCUGAUAACCCUGCAUCUGGAGACAAUCUUGUCAGAUCAUUGUUGAUCUACUCUGUGGAACCGUGACUAGUCGAAGAGAACAACUGUAUCUGGAACAAAGAGCAGCUUCUCUCUUUUGUACAUGUGCCAUUGUCAAAGAAUUCUAUUUCUUGUUGAGACCGAUCAAUUCAUUUCUGAGAUAAUGCAAAACAUACUCUCAAGGUUACCAGCUUUGGCCUUUGCAUAUGCUGCCUGUGUUAACAAACGCUGGUACAAAAUAUGCAGUCAAAUACUCAAAAGGCCUAAGCUUGUUUCUGCUCUCUCCCUCAACCCUUCUCUCCAUGAUGCUGUGGAAGAGGUUAUUGAACAGGUUCUCUCUGAGCCUAUUCGCCCACACUUUGCUAUUGCUUGCAUCGGCAAGGAGUUUAACUUGGAACUGACUCAUGGACUGAUAAUUAAAAAACUAGGUUCAAGCAUCCCAAUCAUUACUAAUAUUGCCAGUGGAAUCAUUGGUGUUGAUGGCAUUGUUGAUGAACUGUAUGAGGAAAAAUGGGAAACAACAACUGCUGGUCCUAAUUCGCAAGAAUCGGAUACAGUUGACCAAGGAUUAGUUUUGCUUGUUGGAUUUUUACCUGGGCUCAAAAUUGGCACCAUUCCACUGUUACGACCGAUGCAGGAAUCCAAUACCUUGGUUGACAAAUUUGUGAUGGAUAUUUUACAUUACACAUCUGCUGUAUCAGAUUGUCCAGCCCCUACUGGGAUCAUAAUAUUUGGAGAUAAAACCACUGACAUGAAACCUAUUGUUUCAAAGAUGGAUUGUGCCAUGCCAGAAGAAACAGUCAUUGUAGGCGAUGCAAGUGCUGAGUUUAUUUUCAGAAAUGGGGAUAAUUCUCUAAAUCAUCUUGCUCAUACUUGCUACUUUCAAGCUGUUGCUCUUGUAUUUGCAAGGGAUAGAUACAAGCCUGAAGGUAUAGGAGAAAUUCAAUUCCACGUCACAAUGUCAACAGGUGUAAUGCCAUUUGGUCCCACACUAGAGGCAGCUUCUGUUCUACAGAAAGAUUCAGAGUGUUCAUGGAUCAGUGCAAAACUGAAAGGACAGAAUGGCAUUGUGGCUGCUGGGGAGAUUUUAAAUGAUCUCAAACAACAGUUCAGGGACACAAAUAAGUCUGCUGAUAUCUACAUUGGUGUCACAAAAGAAACUAUAAGCACCAAUGAUUCCGGAAUUUUGACACCAGGAAGAUGUUUGGAUUUCUACGAAGUAAGAGGAGGAGGUGGCCGUUACUUUAAUGUCAAUGGUGUUGGCAUCCAGCCUGGUGAUUCCUUCCUUUUCUACCAGUCAGAUUCUGAAACUGCUUCAUCAACAUGUGAUCACGCCUUCAACAAACUUUUAGCCCUGAAGGCAGAACUGAAAAGCAAAAAUUAUCUUCAUUUGAGCAAGUUUGCUGACAAGGAUGACAAGAAAGAAGUUCUUGGUGGUCUCAUUUUCUCUUGCUAUCGUCGUGGCGAGUCAUUCUCUGGGGAGCCUUUUGUUGAUAGCUAUCCAUUUUACGACAGCUUUCCUAGGGCUCCAGUAGCAGGAUUAUUCUGCAGAGGAGAAAUUGGAAGGGGCCCCAAAAGCUUGAUGAAUGAAGAAUACGAAGAUGAAAACUCCCGUAGGUGCUGUCUCCAUGUUUACAGCACAAUAUAUUUGGUUAUGUCAUAUCUUCCACCAUCCGUAGAGAAUUAAUCUCUAUUAGGAAUUAAGCAUGAAUAAAUCCUGUAACAGUGAAAAGAAUCGCAGUUUUCUGAAUCGCUGGUUAUGUUACCAUUUUCCGUAAAUGAAUCGCUGGCUCUCUCUUCUAUGAAGUGUUUCCAGAGUUUGGACUUGCAGGAUACUUUGCUGCAUUAGAGGAGAUGGACAGGUAUGUAGUUGUCAAUCUAAUUACAGUUGAAGCUUUUUAGUUUGUCAUCUAUGUUUCGUCAACCUUAAAAAAAGCAGUAGAUGCUUUGAUGUUUGUAUGCAUAAUAAUGUAUGGAACUGUAUUGGAGAGGAUCACUACUUUUUUAUAUGA